CACUCCCACAAGCCCCCGGUGUUUGACGAGAAUGAGGAAGUCAACUUUGACCAUUUUCAGAUUCUGCGGGCCAUUGGUAAAGGGAGUUUUGGAAAGGUCUGCAUCGUGCAGAAGCGAGACACUAAGAAAAUGUAUGCCAUGAAGUACAUGAACAAGCAGAAGUGCAUCGAGAGAGACGAAGUUCGGAAUGUCUUCCGGGAACUCCAGAUCAUGCAGGGACUGGAGCAUCCUUUCCUGGUCAACCUCUGGUACUCCUUCCAGGACGAGGAGGACAUGUUCAUGGUGGUGGACCUGCUGCUGGGAGGGGACCUGCGCUACCACCUGCAGCAGAACGUGCACUUCACGGAGGGGGCCGUGAAGCUCUACAUCUGCGAGCUGGCCCUGGCGCUGGAGUACCUGCAGAGGUACCACAUCAUCCACAGAGACAUCAAGCCAGACAACAUACUGCUGGAUGAACACGGGCACGUUCACAUCACAGACUUCAACAUAGCAACGAUCGUGAAAGGAGCAGAAAAGGCUUCCUCCAUGGCCGGGACCAAGCCCUACAUGGCCCCGGAAGUGUUCCAGGUGUAUGUGGACGGAGGCCCCGGGUACUCGUACCCCGUUGACUGGUGGUCCCUGGGCGUCACGGCCUACGAGCUGCUGCGGGGCUGGAGACCGUAUGAAAUCCACUCGGCCACGCCCAUCGACGAGGUCCUCAACAUGUUCAAGGUGGAGCGUGUCCACUACUCGUCCACGUGGUGCAAGGGCAUGGUCGCCCUGCUGAAGAAGCUCCUGACCAAGGACCCCGAGAGCCGCCUGUCCAGUCUCGGUGACGUCCAGAGCGCACCCUACUUGGCCGACAUGAACUGGGAUGCGGUGUUUGAGAAGGCGCUGACACCUGGCUUUGUGCCCAAUAAAGGAAGAUUGAACUGCGAUCCUACAUUUGAACUUGAAGAAAUGAUUCUCGAAUCCAAACCACUUCACAAAAAGAAGAAGAGGUUGGCCAAGAACAGGUCCAAAGACGGCACGAAGGACAGCUGUCCUCUGAACGGACACCUCCAGCAGUGCUUGGAGACGGUGCGGAAGGAAUUCAUCAUAUUCAACAGAGAGAAGCUGAGGAGGCAGCAGGGCCAGGGCGGCCAGCUCGUGGACACAGAAGGCCGAGCCGGGAGCCAGGCCCAGGGCAAGCUCCAGGACGGGCGCAACAACAACAUCCUCGCCCACGCCUGCUCCCGCGGCUGCAGCAGCUAAGCGCCGCCGCGGCUCCCGGCAAGGCGGCAGCAUCUCUGCCCUGACCGCCCAAAGCCCCUCUCUGUGCCGUGAUGGCCCCGUCUCACCCCCAGUAACAUCAGAUGCAGAGAGCCCUGGGCCUGGAGCUGGGGAGCCUGGAUUCCGGUCCCAGCUGCCUGGCUGGUUCCCUGCACGACGGUGGACACCUUGCCCUUUCCGUGCCUCCGUAUGCCACAUCUGCCAGAGGGGUGAACCAGCUCUCUGCCCCACCUCUGAUCGCAUGGUUAUUGGAAGACUCCAGUUGGGUAGCAGACCUGCAAAACCUUUGACAUGUGUACAACUGUUUACACAUGCAAAAUAUAACCUUAAUAUUUGAAAGGCACUCCCAUCUCCCAAAGCAGUUAGACUAUCGCAACGUCGCAGUUUGGUCCAUCCUGGCUCUUCAGACAUACUUUUGAAAGUACAGCCCUUCAGCAUCUGCUGUGUUUGCUCAGCCUGUGGGGACACCAUUCCCCAGUCCUGGAGCAAAACUGGAAGUGUCUUCAUUCGCAUCCUCUGCCAGGCCAGUCUUUCUGACCUUCCAAGGUGGUGUGGCCUGCAGACCAGCCUGGUCCCCGAGGUCCUGGCGCAGCAGAGACACUGCUCCCCUGAUGCACCCCCAAUUUCAGCGGGUCUCCAUUCCCGCCCCACUCCCACGCCCGGGGCUGGGGUGGCGGGACCAUCAGUCAGUCUCAGAGAGUGUCAUCAGAGUUCCUCCCAAAACGCAGUCCCACAGCAGAGUUCUGAGUCUCCGUCCCCGUCCAUGUUUUCUUUUCUGGAAGGGUGAGAAGUCAUCUCCUCAGCACUGUCUCAAAGAGGACCUCCAGGUGCCAUGAGCAAGGCAGCUCCACGUGGAUAAGCUCGGAAGCCCCGGUGGUUAGACAGUUUGCUCGCGGCGGACGGUGGGCUCACACAGAGCAAGCUACUUUAUGGUCUGUUCAGGGAGCCCUUUGUCUGAAUUGGGAGAUGCUGUAGCAUCAGGGAUAAAGCGUAGACUUGGAAUCAGGACUGUAUUCAGAAUCCAGCCCUGCUGUUUACGAACCAGAAGAUCUCAGGCAAAUCGCGUAAUCGAGUGUCUGUCUCCACGUUUUAAAACGGGGAUCAUGAAACUAGCCCGCAGGAUUGCUGUAGGGUUAACUAGGGUCCCCUGUGUUAUGCACCCAGCAAACACUGCUCUGUGAACGGUAGCGAUUUUUCGUCAACAUCGUCAUCACCAUCAUUUGAAGAAUCUUUCCUGUUUUACUCACUUGGCGAAUCAGCUUUCUGUAGAAACAAGCCUGGUGUUUAAGAUUCUUUGAAGUCUCCUUCCUGGAGUCUCUGAUGUCUGUACAUUCCUGUGAAAGUUCAACUCACAUCAUAAAUCAACCCUAGGGACUCUCAGUGCCAUCUCUUAGGUUUCUUAAGAGACAUUUUAAUGUGCCACUUGGUUUUACAUUUUUAUUUGAAGAAAGGAAAGAAAUUAUCAUUAUUCCUCCUUCAACCAAGGCUGUUUCUAGUUGGUGUUGCCCACAUGUCUACUUGUCUUGCACACUUUUCAUUCUUUGUUGCUGUUGGCACCAUCCUGUCCCCUCCAGGAAAUAACGGGGCUGCUUCUCUCUUCACUGUGAUGCUGGCAGCACUUAGGAUCCCUCAGUGGGCUGAGUUCAUGCAUCUGGGGGCAGGAGCUGGAAGUCGCCCAAGAUGCUGGAUUUCCUGGCUCUGUUCAAAUCAGCCUUGUUCCUUGUUCAGAAUAAACUAUUUCUUGGACAUUC